CAUAUAGGAAGAGUGCAAAAGAAGGAAGAGUACAAGAGAAGGAAGAGGCAACGUUUCUUUCUCCUAUCUUUAUAUAAAACUAUAACAUUUCAGCCUUGAUGCUACAAAGUGAUCAAGUGCACCAAAAUGAAGAGAAACAGUAGCAGCAGAGGACUAGUAAACAUGAAGAAAAAGACCCUCAAUCUGCCUGAAGAAUUGAUAAUUCAGAUCCUGUUGAGGCUGCCAGUAAAGUCCCUUGUGCGCUUCAAGUGCGUGUGUAAGUCAUGGCUUUCACUAAUCUCUGAUCCCCACUUUGCAGAAUCAAAUUUUAAACUUGCUGCCACCACACCCACCCACAGGCUCUUGUUCAUAGCAAAUUCUGCUCCGGAAACUCAAUCUAUAGACUUAGAUCAUGAUGCAAUGUCUCUUAAUUCUUCUGCUUCCACUACGAUAAAACUUAAUUUUCUGCAGCUUCCUCCAUCAUCUUAUUUUAGUCUUAGCAUUGUUGGUUCGUGUAGAGGGUUUCUGCUUCUGAAUUGUAACACAAAUCUAUUUCUUUGGAAUCCAUCCACCGGUGUUCACAAUCAAAUACUUUGUUCACCUAUUGCAUCCAAUGUGAAUGCCUUCCUAUAUGGUUUUGGGUAUGACCCGUCACAAGAUGACUAUUUGGUUGCUCUAGCAUCAUAUGAAAGAAAUACAACUGAUUUUUUGACCCAUUUGGAGUUUUUCUCAUUGAGAGCUAAUACAUGGAAAGAAAUUGAGGAUACUCAUUUGCCUUAUAUGAAUGCUGGUUUUUAUUGGAACGGUGGUGGUGGUGAUCCUAAAGUAGGGUCGCUCUUGAAUAAUUCUAUUCAUUGGGUGGCUUUUCAUCAUGAUACAUUGGUGGAUCUUAUUGUUGCAUUUGAUUUAAUUGAAAAGAGAGUUUCUGAGAUACCUCUGCCAGAUGAUUUUGAGCAUGAACCAAUAGAUUAUGAUUUGUGGGUAUUUAGAGGGCUUCUAAGUCUGUGGGUUCAUCCGGAAGAGGACGAUACAGUUAAUAUAUGGGUGAUGGAGAGGUACAAAGUUCAGUCAUCUUGGGUUAUUACUCUUGUUGUAUCUUUUGGUGAAAUUCCCACUCAAUACUUUUCCCCAAUAUGCUCUACGAAAAAUGGUGACAUUGUUGGAACAGAUGGUGAUAAAGGACUGGUGAAGUAUAAUGACAAAGGACAGCUACUAGAGCAUCACUCUUAUGAUGAAUAUCCUUAUGUUUCCCUAGUCAUGUAUACAGAGUCUCUGCUUUCACUCCCUGUUGUUGGUGAUUGAGAACUAGCACUAGCAAGCUGAAAAUGUGUGACAAGAACAAACAAGAAGAAUGCGGUUGUGUAAUAUCAUGUAUGCCUUUUUAGAAUGAG